AUGUGUCUCUCUAAGCGUGAAGGUGGCCUUGGCAUUAAGAAGUUGAAUGAUGUUAAUAAGGCCAUGCUGAUGAAGUUGUGGAUUUCUAUUCGGGAUUCAAACAAGAUUUGGGCGAGAUUUUUGAGGUCCAAGUACUUCAAGAUAAAUGGAAACUUGAUUGGUUAUAAACUGGGUUCUUCGUUUUUUCCAGGGAUCCUCUUGGUUUACAAUUUUGUGCAGAAACAUACACGCUCUAUUAUAGGUAAUGGUGCAAAUACUUCCUUAUUUUUUGACAAUUGGUGUGGUGAUUUUUCGAUUGCGCAAACACUUGGAAUCACUUCCAAAGGCCCUGAUGACUUUAUGGCUAAGGUAAGUGAUAUUAUUGUUGAUGGUGCUUGGAACAUUCCUCAGAGAACAAGAGAUUUGAUGUUACGUUGCAAUAUUGGUGUUGAUAACUUGCCUAUUAUUCCUGGUGGUGAAGAUUAUAAAAUUUGGGAUUUAGAUAGCAAAGGUGUUUUUCAGUCAAAUCUGCUAAGGCUGCUCUUAAAGCGCCCACGGAGAUUGUGCCUACUGCGGCUCUUUUCACUAGGCAGGUUGUGCACCCUACUUUAA